AUGAAGUUGUACUGCUUGAUCCAAGAACCGAAUGCGCGGGCGUUCCACGUCCACAUCGCGCCGGAAGAUGAAGUGAGUGACCUGAAGAGCGUCAUAUGUGCCAAAUAUCCAGGCAGCCUCAAGGACAUCGCCGACUACAAUCUAAUACUGUCACUCGCGCGCAAAGACGGACACUGGCUGCCCGAAGAGGAUGCGAUGACGAGCGAUGUCGAGUUCAAAGUGCUCCCAGCAACCAGCCUGAUCUCCGACAUUUUCAGUGGGGAGCUGGGAAAGAACUGCAUUCACGUGCUCGUUCGACGACCCGACUACGACCACGCCAAGAGCUGCGGCGUCUUGCCCACCGCCCCGGUCGUGUCGAUCAUGUCGUCGACAGUGAUGCAGUUGGACCCGCUGGCGAUCUCCACGUAA